AUGCCUAAUAACAUGCAAGAUUCAGUGAUGAUGAUAUGUUAUCGUGAAUGCUUAUCAAAUCUACAAAAAUUCAACGGUGGUGAAGAAUAUAAGAUUUCACAGUUUAUCAACAACAUUGAAAGAAUUGGAAAAUUAAUCGAUGGGAAUGAUGAUAUCUUACAUUGUAUGUGUACGGCAAAAUUAGAUGGUGAAGCAAAACGUUGGUACGAAGAUAAUAUGUCAUUAACUCAAUGGGAACAACUAAAAUCGGCUUUACUGGAAAGAUUCACACGAUCCGAUUCAUCGUCAAAAAUAUUCGAACAAUUGAAAGAACGUAAACAAAAAAUAGAUGAAACAAUCACAUCUUAUUAUGAUGCUAUUAUUAAAUUAUGCCAUGAAUAUGAUUCAUCCAUGUCACAAAAAAUGAUGAUAUCAUGGUUAGAAAAUGGAAUUAAAGAUUCAUUAAAAAUUCAAAUUAAACGACAAAUGAAGGUGUUAUCUGAAUCAGCCCGAACAACACAAGCAUUUUUAAAAAUUGCAAAAGAUGAGCAAGAGCUACAAGAAGAAAAUGUUCCAGAACCGGAAGCAACAGCACCGUAUGUACCAUACUUUGCAAAUACAGUAUCGACAACACUAAAACAAAUGGACAAUAUACAUUCAAACGCAUCGCAAUAUCCAUCUCCAUUACAAACAACCACAGCACACGAACCCAACAAUCUCUACCAACAACAAAAACAUUUCAACGUAUGGCAACAAUCGCCGCCACGAAUUCGCCAUACACCAUCACAACAUCGUUCAUUUAAUUUUCAAUCACCAUCGUCCACAUCUCGCCAUAACAUACGACAUAUUCCAACGGAACAUGCUGCAUCAAACAAUUCAUCAACCAUGAAUAUACGUCAAUAUGGUCCCUGUUCUAUAUGUCAACGAAAUAAUCACCGUACAAUUGAUUGUUAUUAUAAAAAAACAUUUGGAUGUUAUAAAUGUGGACAAUCUGAUCAUCGAAUACGUGAUUGUCCGCAGGUUUUCUACUGA